CCAUGGCUGACGACGACGGAUUUCAGACGGUGACCUCCAAGAAACGCUAUAGCGGUGGCAGAGGCGGCUACAGUUCACUGGCAGAACGCUUGGUCAAUGCUUGCGCCCCCGAUCUCUUUGUUGUUCCAGAGGGUCUUGCAGGCUUGGUCCGCGAUAAUCGUGCAGAGAUUGAGAGCAAGCUUAGAGAUUUGGGUGACGAUCUUAUUCCGGCAUCUGCUACUCGCCGGGUCAUGGUUCUGCUUGAGGCAAUUGCAAGUUUGUCUGUCUCCCAGAGGGAGAGGGAGAUUGUAUGCGUGGCAUUGUCAGUUCCCAACCCAGACCACUACAUCAUCUGGGUGACAGCAAAUGGACCAAAUAGCAAAAUCGCUCCAAUCAUAGAUCAUCUGGACAGUCUGUUUGGAUUGCUGAAGAACAUCCGUAAACGCAUCGUCUCCAAAGGCCAACUGCGCGAUACGACUCCAGAGGAGGCAGACACCGAGGAUUUUUUGGUGGGGCAUAUCUAUCAACUCUGCUAUACAUUCUCGCGUGAGCGUUUGAAGAAACAUAUGGACAAGCCAAGAGCCAGGAAGAUGCUUGUGGCUAUCCGGAAUCUAAUUGCUUUCCCGAAGAACCAUGGUCUUUCUGAGAAUCAGCUUCAGUUUCUGAAGGGUCUGGAUGAUCUAUUUCGCAAAUACGAAGUCUACGAAAAGGGCCACGAUGACCCACAGAUGGUCCAGCUUUAUGCUUUCGCGAUGAUAAAGCAAUGUGCUAUGGUCAAUGCCUCUCAAAAGAGGUUGCCAAGACAGGAUGUCUCCUGGCUAGACAACCUUCUUGAACUAGCUGGCGGUGCAGAUUCUGAUGGAAAAAUGUAUCAACGGAUGCUGGAUAAGAUGCUGACGUUGGACUCGAGCAUUGAACGCCUUCUGCUUCUGCCUUCGUCAGGCUCAUUUGGAAGGAUACUCGAUGAAGGUGUUACUCUCGAAUUCCGGCCUGUUCCACGGGUUACUGCAAACCUGAAUUACAACUUCGAAACAGACCACGAGCUUCAAAAGUUGAUGAGCGAUGGGAAACCAAUACAGUUUUCGGACUUUGUUGCAAAGAUGAAGACACUCAAGUCAAAGCCAAGUAACCUGCCUGUCAUAAGCAAGAGCAAUCCUCGUAUUGACGUCCAUGCAGAGUGUGUCAUGGUCUCACAUAUUGAUCAGUUGGAGGGUAUGCGUACGUUUGGUUUUAUAUGCCCUUCAAAGUUAUGUUGCCUUGGGUGUGCUAUGGUUGUCAAAAUGCGCAACUCGCUUGAAGGGGUUCCUGACUCGAAGAAGGUUUAUGUACGAGGUACGCAUUUCAAACAAUACAUGUGGGUGGCACCACCAGUUGGUAUGCCUCGUCGGGACGAACUGUUGUCUCUCAUAGAGGCAGAGAUGAAGAACGUCUUCCGUAACCUCCGUCCUCAUACAAAACAGCGUAGGACUUCUGAGAGCAGCGCUGCGUCACUCUCUGAUCAUAAGGUUAAAAAGAAUUGGGACAUUAUCAUUGACGAAAUUAAGAAACUGCCUCCUGUUCCUUCUCCAAAUGUUUAAAACACAAUAUUACCAGCUUCUCUGUUUUGUUUAGUCUAUGUUUUCUUUUGUAGUUGCUCUGAUAUGAUCCUGUACUACUAGCUAUGCCAAAUCAUAUACAUUGAAUUUGAU